GUUUGAAAAUAUUUUCAUAAUAUUUAUAUUUGAAGUCUAUUAUUUAUUAUAUUUUACGUUUUACAUUUACUUUAUUAAUUAAUAUACUUUUUAUUAAGUUCCGAUGUCUAUGAAUGCGGUUUAUUUUCUGAAUGGUAUUUUAUACUUUUCAUUUUAAAAUAGAAACAUAUUUGAUUUAAACAAUGGGCAACCAAUUGGUGGGCAUAGCUCCUUCAGAGAUAUUUCCUGUUGAACAUUAUUUAACUGAUCAUGCACAAUUACCAAAAUUACAAUUCGAUGCAAGGUAAUGAUUAUUAAUCUUAGUAUGAUAAAUACGUUUUUAAACAAUUUUAUUUUGCAGCUUGGGAAGUACCCGAUUUUUUAAGGUAGCUCGAGCCAAGUCACAAGAAGGAAUGAUUGUGGUUAAAGUGUUCGCCAUACACGAUCAUACAAUGCCACUUACUAAACAUCGUGUGCGCGUUGAGGAAAUAAAGUCAAAAUUACAAUCUGCUGUUAACUGUUUAUGUUUUCAAAAAGUCAUUGUAUGGAAACUGAAUCAAGUACCUUUCAUUUAUUUAGUUAUAAAUAUUUAUUUCUAUUUUUAGACGAGUGGAAAAGCUGUUUUUUUAAUGAGAGAGUAUGUUAAAUAUAGUUUAUAUGAUCGUAUUAGUACCAGGCCUUUUUUGACAAUGACCGAAAAAAAAUUUAUUGCUUUUCAAAUAUUGUUUGCUUUGCGGCAAUGUCAUACAUUGAGUGUAAGUAAAUAUUUGCUUAUAAUAAAAGAAUGUUCUGUUUUUAAUUUAUUUUUAUUAAUAGGUAUGCCAUGGUGAUAUUAAAUUGGAAAAUAUUAUGAUCACAUCUUGGAAUUGGGUUUUACUUACAGAUAUUGCUUCAUUCAAGCCUACAUAUCUGCCAGACGAUAAUCCUGCUGAUUAUUCUUUUUUUUUUGAUACUUCUCGUAGAAGGUUAUGUUACAUAGCACCAGAACGGUAAAAUUAUUGUAAUUCUUAAAUAUUUUGGAGUACAAAUUUAAAAUAGUUUGAAUUUUUAGUUUUGUAAAAACAUCUGCAGAGCUCAGUAAUCAGUUGUUACCUUCUGAAGAUCACAUUAAAAAAGGAGAGUUGACUCCAGCUAUGGAUAUUUUCUCUGCUGGGUAAAAUUAAAAAAAAAAAAGAAAUUGAUAGCAAAUAACUAACACUUAAAUAUUUAAUAUGAAAAUAUUACAUAGAUGUGCGUUAGCAGAAAUGUUUACUGAUGGUCGUCCUCCAUUUGAUUUAUCACAGUUGUUGGCAUAUAGAAAUGGAGAGUAUGAUCCGAUUCCCCAUAUUGAGACCAUUGAUGAUGAAGGAAUUCGAGUAUGCAUAACACAAUUAGUUAUAAAUGUUACACAAUUUUAAACAAUUUGAUUCAAUUGUAGGAUCUUAUUAAAUCAAUGAUAAAUUUAAACCCGGAAAAUCGUCUUUCGGCUGAAAAAUAUUUGGAUGAAGAGAAAAAUAAAAUAUUUCCAGAAUAUUUUUAUUCGUUUCUUCAACCAUAUUUGCAAAUGUUUUCAGCUACAGAUCCUAUAAUUUCACCAGAUGAAAAAAUUGAAAGGUUAGCAAUUAAGUUGUAUGUUUCACUACUAAAAUAAAAUAAUUGUAGAAAUCUAAAUCUUAAUCUAAAAAAAAAAAAAAAAUAGAAAGUCUAUUUACCAGAUACCCUUUUUUCCGUCCAAAAUAUGUGUUUUUAUUUGUUGAAUCCAAAAGAGUGAAUUUUUUUGGUGGAAACCAAUAUUAAAGAAAUUAUGGUGAAGACUGAAUUUUCAAAAGAACAAAGUUCUUUUAAAGAAGUAUUUUUUAGUGCUAAAGAUGAUGGUACAAUCAGAAUUUUUUUCAGAAAUUAAUAUUUGAAAAUGUAAAGCAUUUUGAAAACUGUUGGUAUGCCACUAUAUUUAAUACGCAAAACAAAUAUUAUGAGUGUGGGGAUGGCUUGUUACUCUUGUCGGCUUAACUAUCUACUGAAGUACACUUUUUUUUCUCCAAAAUAGGAACCAUAACAUUGCAUAGUAAGUCCCCUGCACUCACAAUUGUUUGUUCUGUGAACUAUCUAUAUUGACAUACAGUUAUAACUCGCAUUGUUUCCGUUGUCAUCUUUACUCGAACGGGGGAUUUUUUUUAAAGAUUUGUUUCUUAUAUGUAUUGUAUAAAUAAAUAAAUUAAAACUAACCUAGAUGUAAAUAAUUUGUUUCCAAGUUUUAUUUAGACCAUUUUUAUAAAAUAAAAUAAAACUAUAAAAAACUAUUGUGAAAAAAAAAUUUAAAUAUAUUUUAUCGUUAUAUUAUUAUUUAGUCUAUUGAGCAUAGUAAUCCGGACACAAUUUGAUUAAAUGAUAGUGGCAUAUUAAUUUAGCACAUGCCGUGUAAACUUUUAUUGUUUUAGGAUCAAAAAAAACAUUGUAAAAACAAGAAAAAAAAAACUGAGAAUGAAUUACUCACACAGGGUAAAUUAUUUUCAAACACUGAUGCCGUUCACUUUAUGCACUUCUACCAAGUGCACGAAAAACCAAGAUAACACAAAACCAGUUACAUUUUAUCUAUAAACACAUUAUUCGAGGCAAUAAAAAUGUAUUAAGAUCCAAAUUCAUGAUAACAUUAACAUUCAUAAAAUUAUAAAUAAAAAUAAGCUGGGUCAUUAUUUACCCUGAGUGACGACGGGUUAAAAUUGCCAUAAUUUCUUUAAUAAUAGUUUUUAAAAAAUUCAGAUUGUACCAGUCUUAAUUAUCAUUAAAAAAAAUACCUAAAAAAUUAAAAUGUUUAAAAUUCUAAGUUUUUUUUUAUAAUUUCUUUGGUUAAUAAUGAUUUUCCCAAAAAGUUAAAACAUUUUUACAGUAGAGCAUAUGUAAACAUGUAUUUUGGAGGAAAAAAAAGGUUUUCUGGAAAACUAGACUAAGACCAAAAAAAUUAUUGUUUUAGAUUGAAAAGUGACAUUAAUGGAAUAAUUAAUAUGUUGCUCCCUUCUAACGACUCGGAAGAAUGCACUGAUGGUUUAGUGUUAAUUGUUCAAUUAGUCACUUCUUGUAUAAGGUAUAAGGUUUUAAUUGAAUGUUUACUUCCACAUUUAUUAUUUGUUCAAUUGUUACUAUACCUUUUUUUCAGAGGUUUGCAUUUGUCUACAACAAAGAUACAAGCAUUAGAUGUUUUACUAGAAUUAUCAGUACAUUGUACUGCAGAAACAGUUUUAGAUAGAAUUGUUCCAUAUAUUGUAAGUGAAAUUAAUUUAAUUAAAUAGUUUCAACCAAUGUAUCUAUCUAUAUAUAUAUUAAAAAGUUGUCUUCAGGACGGGUGCAGCCACUGUUAUAGGUAAUUUAAUGUACAUUUGUAGGCAAGGUCGGAUUUAGAAUUUCCGAUGCCCAGGGCAAAUAUUUUAUUGAGGCCCUUAACAGUAAAAAAUUAAAAAUGCCCAAUAUCUGAGUAUUUAAGGAAACAAACUUGCAAGUUUUAACUAUUUACCCAAAAUGUGUUUAUUUUAAGUUUGAAAUACUGCUGUUAGUGUAUCACUAGUUUCAAAAUUAAUUUAAAAAUAACAAUAUUAUAAUAAUUUUACUAAAUCUUCAUAAUUUUAAAAGUAAAAAGACCGACAUACUUCAUACAUGAGUGCAGCUACUUUUAUAGGUGAGAAAUUGGGAAGGUAGUAGAAUGGAAAUUUAAUGAUAAAUCAUUGCUCACGAAAAACUGAUUCUGAGCAGAGUUCAGUAGAGUGUAGUUUUAUCAACAAUAUGUAUUGUGGUAAAAUAAUUACAUAUGCAUUAUAUAAUUGUAUAUUUUCUUUAAUAAUAUUUGUUUAAUAUUGUACCAAUUUUCAUGUUUUUUCUACAGUUUUUUCCAUUUAUGGGAAAAACUAAAAAAUUAUAUUUUACUUAAUAAAAAUUAAUUCUUGAAGUACCUUCCCAGUCAGAUUUAUUUUUAGAAAAAAUGCUAUCAUAAGAAAUCGAAUCAAUUUUACUGGUAGGAAAAUUGUCUACAAGAAAAGGAAGGUUGUAAUAUUUUUAACCAAUAUCCACAUUUCUUACAUUUUCUUGUAUAUCCUCAGUUUUUCUAUUUUUUUAAGCAAACAUCUAAAAAAAAAAUCAAAAAAUUACUUUUUUAAAGUACCUCCUCACAUCGAUUUUCUUUUAGAAAAGUUGCUACACAUAAAAAUUGGCGCUAGUCUUCUGGUAGAAAAGUUGUCUACAGAACAUCUUUGUAAAACCAUAUGAUUUUUUGCUCCACUCAGAAUCUAAAAUAAGUUUUUAUUUUAAGAAAUUUGGUAGAUAAUUUAUAAAUGAAAUUCAUUUUCUAUUAUUAAUGAUUUUAUAUUGUUAAUACACAUUACAAACUGUAUACAUUUUACAAUUUACAUAACAUUAUGUGUAUAGGAUGAUUUUUUUUUUAUCAUGAAACAGCAAUUUUUAGGAGGAUUUUAAGCGAAUUUGAUUUUUGGUUUUUUUUAAUUACUGUUGAAUCAUUUAAACUUUAUUUUAAAAUUAUUUUUAAUUUUUUAUCCCUACUCCAUGUAUCUUAAAUAAGUGUGUACUUUUGUUUUUCAAACAGGAAUCUUUAAUGAUUAAAAAAAAAAAAAAUAGAAAACAAAUUCAACGAGAAUCAUCCGAGAAAAUUGCUGGUUCAUGAUACAAAGAUCACUCUGUAUAAAGAUUAUGAAGUAGAUACUUAACAAAGUGUAGUUGACUUUCAAAAUCUUUAAUAUAAAUAAGUGAAACCUCAAUAAAUAUAUGAUUAUUUAAUUCAAUUAGAUUAAUUAGUUUUAAACUUUAUUAAAGUUUCAAAUGAUUCAAGAUAUUUCUCCUGGAGUAAGAAAAUCUGCAUUACAUGGUUUAAAUAAUACACUUUUAACUGUUAAAAAUUUAAAGCCCAGCGAUGCAAACACAUUUCCAGAGUAUAUUUUUCCAGGUUUAAUUAAUGUAAGUAUGUAAUUUAUUUAUAACUUUGUUCAUUUGUUAGGAUUAAGUUUAUAAUUUUAGGUAGCACACGAUGAAGCAGUUAUAGUGAAAACAACUUAUGCACAAAUUAUUUCACAAUUAGCACAAACUGGUUUAAGGUUUUUAAAGUGCUGUCAAAAUGUGAAGGACGAUGAACCGACUACGAAUGUUUUUGAAACUGAGCUUGCUACACUGCAUGAAAUGGUGCAACAAUCAGUAUCAGCUCUUCUAACAGAUAGUCAUAAUAUUGUAAAACAAACUCUAGUUAACAGUAACAUAAUAGAAUUAUGCGAGUUUUUUGGUACCCAAAGAGGUAAAUUUUUAAUUUAGUAAAUCUGUAAAAUUCAUUAAUCAAUAGUUUCCUUUUUAUGUAGCUAAUGAUGUGAUAUUAUCUCACAUGGUAACAUUCUUGAAUGAUAAAACUGAUAAACAUUUACGUGCUUCAUUUUUUGAUAAUUUUGUAAAUGUUGCUGCUUUUGUUGGACAUCAAUGUUCACCUAUACUAUGCCCACUAUUACAACAAGUAAUCAAAUAAUCAUAAUAUUAUAUAAAAAAAAUGGCAUGCCAAUGUAUAUUGUGCAUGUUUCAUUAUUAUAUAUUUAAAAUGUUUAGGGAUUUACGGAUAGUGAAGAAUUUGUAGCCAAAAAAGCACUUAAUGCAACAACAAAGCUAAUUGAGAAACAUUUGAUUAAAAAAACUGCACUGUUUUUAUUAAUUAGUGAUAUUUCUUGUUUUCUCAUACAUCCAAAUUUGUGGAUAAGGCAGGUAUGUCUGUACUGUAUUAUUGGUUUAUUAAUUAUUAAUAUUUACUAUUCUCAUUGUUUUGCUCAAUGCCCUUUAAACUAGCAUUUUAAUUUUAUUUUGUUGUUAUUUCAAUGCAAUGAGUUUUUAAAUUACAUUUAUGUGUCUGCCAUUUUGUAUUUGUUUUAGGCAACUGUUGGCUGUUUUAGUGCUACAGCAAGGAUAUUGGAUGAUGUAGAUGUUCAGUGUAAAAUUUUGCCAUUAAUGAAACCUUAUUUAAAGCAUUCAAUCAUAUUAGUUGAUAGAGAGGAGCUGGUAUUGAAUACUUUAAAAGAUCCUCUACCAAGAAAUACUUAUGAUACAGUUGUAAAGUGUUCAAUUGUUGAAACAUUAGUUGAUAUAUUGAGAGAACGAAAAAAAGCCAGGUCUAUUGCUAACACCGGCCAUAUACCUUUACCGAGUAUUACUCAAUCAAUGCAUCAAAAUAAUGCAUUAAGAAAUGUAAAAUAUAUUUUAUUGCUGAAUUUUCAAUCAAUGUUUAAAUUUAAUAUUGAAUUUCAGUUGAUUAGAAAACUGGAAUCUGAGGGAAUGACAGAAGAAGUAGAAGAUAAAUUAUUAGCAUUAUCAAAACAUAUUUUGAAAGUCCAUAAGCAAUUAGCAUUUGAUACUAAAUAUGGUACAAAAGGAAAGGUAAUUUGUUUUAUUUAUACUAUUGUUUCCAAUAUAACAUGUUUUUUUAUUAGAUACAUAUUGGAGACACAAAACUCAAUGCACACUGCCAUUCUAUUCCGUUGGCACGAUCGCAAAAUUUAAAACUUCAAGAUUCUAUACCUGCUGCAAAUAGGCGAAAAGGUCUCGAUGAUCAAUCUGUUGCAAAUAUGAAUGACGAGUGGAAAUGUAUGUUUGGUGGUUCAGAAUUGUCUUCCAAGCCAAUGCAUUCUUCACGAAAUCCGUAAUGGCCUUUUUUAUCAGAAACAUUAAAUCUAUUCUAAGUAUAUUUUUAAUUUAGAUCACCAGUAGGAGGAUCAUAUAUGUCUGAUCUUCACCAGUCUCCAUCUCAAAGUAUUGAAGAACCUACUGAUAUGUCAUACAUACAUUGUAAGUGUUAUAUAAUUAAAUACAUAAAAUGUUUAUAGAAAUUGUAUGUUAUUUUUUGUAGAUCGUUAUGCACCAUGUAGAUUGGAAUUGCGUAAACUGAUAUUUCAUCGUCAAGAGUGUUAUGAAAUGACUAUGAGGCGCCAUGAAUGGGCUGAGCAAGAAGUUUGGAAACCAAGACUUCCGCCCCCUGGUUGGCGGCUCCGUUCUCAGUUGGUAGCUCAACUGCAUGAACAUAAAUCGGGUGUAAACAGGUAAAAUUUCAAUAAGUUAUUUAUUUUCCCAUAUAACAUAAUGAUUUUUGUCUUAUUUAUGUGAAAUAUAAAAGUAUUAUGAUUUCAACUUAAUUAAAUUCAUUUAGUUAAGAAUUAUUCAUAUCAAAUAAAUUAUACUUUAUAAUAAUUUUUAAAGAUAAUUUAAUUUGUUUUAUUAUCAGAUUGGUGUCAAUUCCCAAUACAUCAUUAUUUGCCAGUUGUUCAUCUGACAGCUAUGUACGUGUAUGGGACUGUAUAAAAAUGGAAGGCAAAAACAUUGCUAAUCGUUCUAAACAGGUUUACAACCAUCAAGACGGAGCAUUAUAUGGUAUGACUACGUGUAAAAAUAAUCAAUCGUUAGCUACUGUUAGUCAUUCAGGUUCAGUAGUUGUUCUAAAGUGAGUAAUAAUUGAAAUUUUACUUGGUAGUCUAUUAUAUUUUAAUUACUAUCUCUCUACAAUUAUGUACAGUUUAGAAACGAAUAGUAAUAAAUUGGGUAUGACACAAACCAAACAAUUGGAUUUGAAGGAACACGGUUGUGCAGUUGAUGUGUCAUAUUUAGAUUCUGGAUCCCAAAUGGUACUUGUCUAUGCAACUGUUUAUGGUUCAAUUAUUGGAUGGGAUCUCCGUGCUCCCAAAUUAGCUUGGUCUUGGAAAGUUAAUAAUGAUAUAAAACAAGGUUAAUAAUAAUAUACAUUCCAUUAUGUCUUAAAUUUUAUACAUUACUAUAAUUUUGAUAGGUAUUAUAACGGCUAUGUGUCUGGAUACUAGACAGAGUUGUCUAACAUUAGGUACAAGUAGUGGUUAUCAUACUUGUUGGGAUUUGCGUUUCAGGUUACCUAUCGCUACCAUUGCUCAUUCUAAAGGUAGUUUUUAUCACCAUAGACUUCACAUUUUAAUAUCAAAUUAAAUUGUAUAAAACAAAUGAUAAUAUUAGCUGUACGUGUGAGGAGGUUAAUAAAACAUCCUACUGAACCAUCUUGGAUUAUAUCAGCCAUGCAAGACAACAACGAAGUGACAGUAUGGAAUUUGGAAAGUGGUUCGAAACAACAGACUCUAUGGGCUAGCAGUGCUCCUCCACUGUCAAACAGUCAGGUAUUAUAAUAUUUUUAGCUAUUGUAUGAAUGGUGGUUCAGAAUGGUUUAUAAUAAUUAUAAACCACCAUUAAUAAUCAUUAAUUAAUAAUUAUUAAUGAUUAUUAUGGUAUUUUUUAUAGACUAAUAAUCAUAGUGUUUGUGCUCUGUACACAAUGAAUACAGAUCACGGUCCAGAGCUAUUAACAGGCGGUACUGAUCAAAGAGUACGCAAAUGGAAUUUAUUAUCACCGAGUGAUUCCUAUCUAGCCAUACCAGCAGCAAGUGAUAUUAUAGGCCAUUCAGUGUAUUCUUAUGAGUAUGUGUAGUUUUUAAAAAUAAUUAUGCAAAAUUAUAAUUUUGUCAUUUACCAUUUUUGAUUAGGUGUAGACUAGUUGAUGGAACAAAUGUUGUGCAAGAAGUUUGCACAAAAUCUAAUAGUGCAGUAAUGACUGGAGAUGAGGAGCCCCCAUGUGCUACUGAGCAACCGGCACCAGGUCACGUGGGGUCUAUACUCGAUAUAACCUCAUGUAUGGCGUCCCAGUGUUUCCUUGUGACAGCAUCUUGCGACGGAAUAAUAAAAGUAUGGAAAUAAAAUAUCAAUAAUGUUAUACAAAAAAUGAAUGAAUACAUUUAAUUCCUGUGUCCUGUUGUUCCAAAUAUUAUAUAAUAAUGUAAUGUGAUAGUGUAUGUAACUGUUUGAUUGGAGUUACCCAUGUUAAAUUGUAUAAUAAAGUUUUAUUUUUUUAAAUAGUCGUUUUUUGUGUGAGCGCAAAUCAAUAUUAAAUGUUCAAUAGUUAUAAAUAAUAAUAAUAAUUUAUGAUAUUUUUUAUACUUAAAUAUUUAAUUUUUUAAUUUUAUCCUUUGUUAUUCACUCUUUAUGUCUUGACAUUCAGUGGUCCAUUUGUUGUAACCAAGAAACUGUGCUUUGGUUGGUUUUGAAUUGGAUACAAGUUUAAUUCCACAAUCCUUUAGUAUUUAGAAUUCUUUUAUUUUGAUCCACUUCAAUAAUAA